AUGAAUAGAGCACAAAAUAAGGCUUAUUGGAAUACUUAUGUGUCUAAAAAGAAACAAAAAAAAAAUUCUUCCAAAAAGUCUAAAAAGAAAAAGUCUCUUUCUGUUAAGACAAAAUCACAAAAUCCAUUUUUUGGUGAAAAGAAAUCGAUGUCAAAACCUUCAAAAUCACAAAAAGAUUUUUCUAAAGACAAGGAACAUGUUUUGAAACCAAACCAAAAGUCUAAUGUUCAAACUUCUUAUCAUGAGAAUUAUGUGAAAAGUCAACAAAAAGUUUUUGUUAAGAACUCUAACAAUCAAAGAAUUGUUUUACUCAACAUGUUUCAACAAGAAAGCCAACAAGAAACUUUAAGAAAUUCAAAGCUCAAGGGAAGAGAAAUGAAUCUUUCAAGACUGGGAAAGAGAUUUCAUUCUGGCAAAUUCUCUCAAGAACAAAUUAAGGAUGUAUAUGAGAAGUAUUUGAAUGAAUCAUCAAAUGAAAGUUCUUCUCAGAAAGAAUCAAAUCCUUCUGUUAAAAAAUGGAGAACAAUUUCGAAAGAAAAUGUCAGUAAGAAAGAAACUAAGAAGAAUGAGGAGAAAGUUAAUGUCAACUUUAAAUCUUCGAAUGAUUACAUUUCGAUACCCUUAAAUAAUGAUGUAGACUUAAUUGAUAAUGUCAAGACAAAAGUUUUGUGUGAUGAGCAAUACGAUAAAAAAAAUGCUUACGAACAAGUAAAACAUCAUAGACAAGGUUAUCCGAUUGUGAUUGAUUCCAAGAUCGUCAAACCUUUGGAACUUCUUCAUAUUGACCUUUGUGGUUCUUCGACGGUUGAAACACUCUACAACAAGAGGUACAUUUUGGUAAUUGUUGAUGAUUUUUCUAGAUUUACUUGGGUAUAUUUUCUUCGUUUAAAAUCAGAAACAACUCAAGUGAUGAUCGAUUUUAUCAAACAAAUCGAAUUAAGUUUGAAGAAAAAGGUUUGCAAAAUCAAGAGUGAUAAUGGAUCUGAGUUCAAGAACAAGGUUCUAGAUUCGUUUUUGGCUGAUAAAGGUUCAGAGAAUGAUGAACCAUUUGAAGAUGCACCGUUGGAUUUUGAUCCAACAUAUCCUCCUUUGGAUAGAUAG